CAAAGUACCAAAGUACUUAUCUUGCCCAUUUUUUUCGCAAUUUAUGCACAAGGAAUGUACUACUCCGUAUGCUCGUGUCGAUAGAGUCGACGACCUUGACGAUACGCACCUUCUUGAUAGCAGUAUAGAAAGAAGGCCUUCAAAAUCACGUCUCCUUUGUUCGUUGCCGUGGCUAAGGCAUGGUGUGCUGAUGUCCAUAAUGAUGCUGUUCUUCACGCUAUGGGUGCGGGCGCCGUCGAUUGAUGACGUAGUACUGUACUCUCCAGCAAAUGAGGCUAUUCAAUCCAUCGGCAUUAUAAGAUUCAAUGGAAGUCUGGGCGCUCAUUCCGUAUUUCGUGGCAGUCCGUCCCCGGAAAUCGACGCCGCUUGGGAUAGGAUAUCUCUCGAUGCACGCCCACUUCGUAUGACACUUGAGCAACUGCUCAGAACAGGGGAGAAACCUUCUCCUUCGAUGGUUAGGUAUCCUGACGAAUACGGCGGAGGUUACGUGGCAACGGUAGAAGUCAUCCACCAGCUCCAUUGCGUGGACAUGCUUCGAAGAGUCAGCUGGCAUGACGAAUCUUAUGGUCAUGACUCGAACGCAUCCCCCGAGGAAUCCCGCAUCCAUCUCGACCACUGCAUCGAGAUGCUCAGGCAGAACAUUAUGUGUCGUGGUGACGUGACAAUGCUGACUUACGACUGGGUGAAGGGAGCCAAAGAUCCUUUUCCUAACUUCAACAUUCCUCACCAAUGCAGAGACUUUGAGAAGGUAUUGGAUUGGGUUGAUGAGCAUCGUGUUUUCGUCCCUAAAUCUAAGGUGGUCCGAUUGGAGGAUAACGUGAACCUGCCUUCCCCUCCUUGA